AUGCCUACUUCAGUCUGUACUGCCAAGGCAUCGUACCAAAAACUUCCAGGCGUUCUAGAGCUCACUGAAACCCACCUCUUAUGGACUCAGGAUGGGAAAAGAAAUCCAUUACUUCGACUUGCACGGUCUGAAGCUGGUGCCCUUUUCUGCAGUAAAGAAGGUGCACCUCAGGUCAGACUGAAGCUUGACAUGAAAGGGGGUGAAAUCGGUCAUAACUUCACGUUUAUCUCGCCCCAGGCAAUCGCGUACGUCGAGCGUGAAAAGUUUAAGACCGAGCUGGCUGCCAGCAUUAGCUACAACCGCAACUCAUUAGAUCAACCGCCCCAAGCGACACCCUCAAAGCAGCAUGAUACCCAAUCUACCUCAGUGCCACUGUCAAUUCCCUCUAGACCGUCAAGUUCCCGAGCUGCUUCCGUUACAAGCGAUACUAUAGCCACCCCCAUUAUACCCGGCAGCGAUCCUGCAUCCGAUUUCCGUUUGCGGAAGAACGUGCUUUUGGGCAACCCAGACCUCGCAGCUUUGCAUCGAGAGCUGGUCAUUGGAGGUCACAUCACCGAGACCGAGUUUUGGGAAGGGAGAGAGCAUCUUCUUCUUGCACAAGUCGCUUCGGAAGGCCAGAAGAAAGGAAAACCUGGCCAACUCGUUGAUCCUCGUCCAGAAACCGUAGAAGGUGGCGAAGUCAAGAUUCGGAUAACCCCGCAACUUGUUCAUGACAUCUUUGACGAAUAUCCGGUUGUCGCUAGAGCUUACAAUGACAACGUUCCCAGCAAGCUCUCUGAGGAAGAAUUUUGGAAGCGGUAUUUUCAGUCUAAGCUGUUCAAUGCGCAUCGCGCCUCGAUUCGUUCUUCGGCCACGCAACAUGUUGUCAAAGAUGACUCAGUCUUUGAUAACUAUCUGGAGAAGGACGAUGAUGAAUUGGAGCCGCGUAAACACAGAGAUGUUGACUUAGACCUCUACAUCGAUUUGGGCGCCACUCACGAGGAUCAUGGAGCAACCGGAAACGAGAAGGAUAUAACGAUGCAAGCAGGAAGGCAGAAAGGAGCAUUGCCUUUGAUUCGGAAAUUCAAUGAACAUUCGGAACGACUGCUCAGUUCUGCAUUGGGUGAAGGUCCUGCAGCUAAGCGACGGCGAACAGAAACCGAGGAUCGGUACCAGCCCAUUGAACUCGAGGAUUUGAACAACUCCGAAUCUUCCUCCGGCAUCGUGCUUGAAAUGCAAGAUAGGCAAAGAUAUUUUGAGGGACGCAUGACGGGCGUUACAUGCAACGAUACAAUCGAAAAAGUGGAUAUAAGGUCCGUUAUUCGUAGCAUGUCUCUAGAUUUGAGACCAUGGAGCUCGAGGCUUACGGAGCUCAACAUAGCGCGUGAGUCUGGGGAUAAUGUCCUUCUGUCCAUGACUAGGAAUGUUGCGGCCCGCUUAGACGUGCUAUCAAGGAAAAAUGACAUGCCUGAAGGGCUCUUCAUGCAAAUGAGGACAUGUCAGACCGCUGCUAACGAGUUUUUGCGCCAGUAUUGGCAAGCAACGUAUCCUUCCAUGAAUAACUCCCAAACACUAUCUCUCGCAACACCGGCUCAAAGAGUUACAAAAGCGGCCAAAAUGAUUGGCUAUCUCUCCAAAACACGGGAGAAAGUAGACGCCAUUGUUCAAGCUGCACAACAGCAGGACAUUCAUCCCCAGCGCAUACAAGUCGCCAUGGAACCCCUGCUCAAUGCUGUCGAGAGAGCACUUGAAUUUCAUCGAAACAAAAAGGGGCCCCGUGCCUAAUGACAACAUUAUACCAGGUCAUAAUUCUACCACUUCGUAUAUUAUAGUCCAAUCAUACUGUACGAUUCCGCAUAUUUACCGCAUGUAUACAUAGAUAAACAUUAUUGAA